CUACACAAAAUUUCUGUCCCCAUUUAAUGAUGAAGUGGAUGAAAUUCCCAUCAUCCGCUCAGUAAUGCUGAAGCUUCUCUUGAAGUACAGGAUUCCAUGUGUGAAAAGUCUGAGGGCAGCAUAGGAUAUGAGUAUAUUAACUAUCUGCCUGGAGACAGAAGCUUUCCAGAGAACUAUCUCCCAAAGAACAAUCGAGAAACUCCUCAGGAAUCAUCUGUUGAAUAUCUGCAGGCAGUAGCCAAGGUUCGCUUGUACCUGAGUAAAGCUGCAGAGCUGGUCUUUGACUUGCAUGAGCCCACAGAGCAAGACCAGGUAGAGGAGAAGCAGCGUUACCUGGCAAAUGUGAGGGUGUUCUGUAGCCUCGCCAAGAACAACUGGCAUCGUGUUUACCUAGUCCGGAAAAUUGCUAGUCAGUAUGGGAUGGAAUUUGCUCAGAAGGUUGUCACAGAGGCGCAGUUUAACUGGGUGUUCCCGGUGGAAAUUCUGCAACAGAUACAGAACAGCCAGUCUAAUCAUAUCGAUCGUUACCUGGCAUGUGGCAAGAAUUACAGAGUCCUGCGUGAUGCUGUGGGGAAAGCCAUGAUUGAGUGUAAGACUGAGGGUCUUCUAGAGGCGGAGAAGGCAUCUAGCAGUUCCCCAGCUGUACGAUCUGUCCAUCUGCUCCUGGCUAUUUUCAGAGAGGUCACUGCCCUGUAUGGAGUUAGUGACUCAAGUCUUCAUCCCAAACAGCAGCAAACAGAUGUUAUGACUAAGUUCAUCCAGAACUCUGAAGUCCUGAAUUCUCCAGACCUGCAGCACUUUGCAGCUUCUCUUGUGAUGAAUGCACUGCCAUCUCUGAGAGUGGAUCCUCAAAGCUUCAGCCACAGUGGAGCACUAAUUGAAAUGGCUGUUCAUACCGCAGCUGUCUUGCUGUGUGGGCAGAACCCUGUCCUGCAGCCCCUGAGGAAUCUGGCAUUCCAUCCGCACACCAUGGAGCACUCUUUUCUGCCUACAAUGCCAGAAGAUAUAAUGGCUCAGGCGAGGGCCUGGGAAGGAGUGGCCACUCUGCGCUGGUACACAUGUCCAAAUGGCCACCCCUGCACUGUAGGAGAGUGUGGCCUCCCCAUGGAAACUAGCCACUGUCCUGACUGUGGCGCCCAAGUUGGAGGGCAACUGCAUAAACCACUGCGUGGCUUUCAAGAAUUCCGGAGUAAUGAAGACAGAACUCAAACUGGCCACAUACUUGGAGAUGUACAACACAGAAAAACAAUGGGAGUGUCUGAUCGGGCCAUGUCCCCAGUUGUCUUUGUUCUGAUACGCCUGCUCACACAUUUGACAAUGUUGCUGGGAGCCACAAAAGAUCCUCAGUCAUUGCAAAAGAUUAUCAAGCCACCGGUGCACAACUCUGUGAGUUUCCUGCAGCAGCAUAUUCGGGAGGACUUGGCACAGCUGACAAAAAUUUUGGGGAAGAGUGUGGAUGAGACUAUCGCCAUCCUUCAUCUUGUCCUCAGCAGCCUGCUCAAGAACACCCAUCAGCACCCAGGCCAGUGGCCAGUUCGGUUUGAUAAUGUGCUCUCCACCAAGGAGAAGAGAAACAAAUGGGAAGAAAUUGUUGCAAACACAAUUAUCGUUCCUGAAUUGGAGGAUUUGGAUAAAAAAAUUCGGAAGUUAAAUAGACAAAUACAAGAGGAUGAGAGAAUUUCUUCCAAUCCAAUAGUGAAAAUAGUGUAUGGUGACCCAGUCACUUUCCUGUCCCAGCUGCCAAAGGACAGUCACAUACAUCAUUCCAAGAUGUGGAGCUGCCGAAAGAGGAUUUCAGUGGAGAACCUGGGCCAUGUAGUCCAGCAAAAGAAUGCUAAGGACACUGUCCCUCUCCUCUGGAAUUUUUUGCAGAAGGAAACAGAACUGAGGCUGGUUAAAUUCUUGCCAGAGAUUCUGGCUCUGCAGAGAGACUUGGUGAGGCGAUUUCAGAACACUGCUGCUGUCAAACACUGCUCGAUCAGAGACUUCCUUAAGGAACCCCUCUCAGAUGUGAUGAGGGACCUGUUACAGAGGAGAGUGAAUGUGUUUCUGUCUGUCUGGAACAAGCUGAGAAGCUCGCUGGACACCAAUGGGGAAAUUAAGCUUCCUAAAGGCUACUGUGAUGCUGACCUGACCCUGGACAGCAAGCUUGAGGUCCUUCUGCCACGUCGACAGGGGCUGGGCCUCUGCUCCACAGCCUUAGCCAGUUACCUCAUUAGUCUGCACAAUGACUUUAUCCACUCAGUGAACAAACACAUCAAGGAAGAUGACAGGUACUUCAUCAGUCCAUCAGAAGUGGCUGACCUGCACUUGAUCAGUUAUGAGCUUGAGAGAGACCUGAUUCCUCUGAUCUUGUCCAACUGCCAGUACAGCAUGGAGAAGGGAGGGGAGACAUUGCAGGACUUUGAUCUGGAGAGGAUCCAGCAGCAAGUCAUCAGCAAGUUCCUGCAGGGGAAACCACUCAUCACCCUAAAGGGAAUACCUACCCUUGUGUACAGACAUGAUCGGAAUUAUGAGCAGAUGUUCAAUGAUGUCAGGAAUAAGCUGGAUCAGAGUCCUCUCCCCAGUUCUGUGAUGAACAUGAUCAGUGGGGAACUACAGUCUUACAGUGAUGUCUGUGAUGCUCUGUCCAUCACUGAAAUUACCUUGGGAUUCCUGGCCAUGGCUGGAGAGAAUGCUGAAAUGCUUCUGACUGACUACAUUGAAAAUGUUCUGCAGAUGGGUGAUCAGACAAACCCUCAUGUACUGCAGGCCCUUAGACGAUGCCACUUAAAGCACAACAUAGCCCUGUGGCAACUUCUUUCUACCCGCAAAUCUGAGCAGCUUCUGCGCCUCAAAAGGGAUCCUUUUGUAGACAUCAAUACAGCCUACAAAGCUGAGCUCAGUCCAGAGAUCGCCAAGCUCCUCAACACCUUCCUUGUCCACUCAAGGCUGGAAACCUUCCUGCAGGAGCUCCAUGAAAUGAUUGUCUUGAAGCUGAGACGUGUCCAAGCUGUGGAUGAAUUCAGACCCAUAUGGAGCCUGAAGGAAUCACUCAUUCCUUACCUUGAUGCAAAAGACUCUGAGUUAGCUACAGAGCUGCAAGAGCUGUUUCCAGAUGAGAUUCUUCUCUGUCAUGCUAUUGCUACAUGGAAAGCAGCUGUUCUCUUCAAAAGAGAGCAUAGGGAAAGCUAGGACCACUAGGAACACUGGGUCUGUCUGACCUUCCUGUUACACUGGCAAUUUUAGUGCCAUAAACACGUGGUGUUGGUGAGAUUCUAGAACCUGGGGGGGUUGGUUGUUUGGGUUUGUGUGUUUUUUUUUUUUAUUAACUUCAGUACCCAAACUAUGCUGCAAAGAUUAGAUGCUUUCAUGCAUCAGAAGGACGGUGGAGAAGAAGAGACUUGUGAAGGCAUCAUAAAAACCAAAGCUGCCUGCUAAAGAUGAAGGAUUUUUUUUUUAAAAAAGCUUGGGUGUUUUUUUUUUUUUGUAAUCUGCCUUUCUCUGGACACUGAACUGUCACCAAGCUGCAGACCAGGCUCCUGCUCCCCCCUGCCCCUUCCUUGCCGCUCCGGUACCGAACCUCCCCUGCCCGCCCUUUCUCCGUUCCGCCGGCAGAGCCUCUUCAACCCCACCGCCGAAUUGGGACCAAAUCGG